AUGUCCAGGGCACUGUUAAGUAAUGAAUCUAGUUUGAAGAAAUUGUCCGGAACAACAGAUUUACUAAACACAAGUGACUCAGAGAAGGCCCAGAAACGAGUGUCCCCUCCUGCAGAAGCAAGUGCCUCCCGACGGCACUCUAGACAAAAAUUGGAACUCAAGAGAAAGGAGAUUGAAGUGAAGACGUAUAGCCUGCGAGAAAGGAAGGGUCAUGCAUACAAAGAGGUCGAUGAGCCUCAGGAUGAUGACUACCUGUAUUGUGAGAAAUGCCAGAACAUCUUCAUCGACAGCUGUCCGGCUCAUGGACCCCCUACAUUUGUAAAGGACACUGUAGUGGACAAGGGGCAUCCCGACCGCUCAGCCCUCACUUUGCCCCCUGGGCUGAGAAUUGGGCCAUCGGGCAUCCCUGAGGCCGGGCUUGGAGUAUGGAAUGAGGCAUCCGAUCUGCCGUUGGGUCUGCACUUUGGCCCCUAUGAGGGCCGGAUCACAGAAGAUGAACAGGAAGCCAACAGUGGAUACUCCUGGCAG